CGUCGUUGCUCUCGCUGAAGGUGGUUCCCUCAGAUGAGGAUGGGAGAGCCCAGCGAGCUGAAACCGGAGCUCCCGCUCAGCUGGGGCUUGGGGAGGUCCCUGUAAGAGCCGCCCGCCCGACGACCUCCCUCGGUCCCUCCCCUGCAGUCACUCGGGGCACUGGCCACUGGAACGAUGGAGCUGGGCUGGUGGACGCAAUUGGCACUCACUUUCCUGCAGCUCCUACUCAUCUCAUCCUUGCCGAGAGAGUACACAGUCAUCAAUGAAGCCUGCCCUGGAGCCGAGUGGAACAUCAUGUGUCGGGAGUGCUGUGAAUAUGAUCAGAUCGAGUGCGUCUGCCCUGGAAAGAAGGAAGUCGUGGGUUAUACCAUCCCUUGCUGCAGGAACGAGGACAACGAGUGUGACUCAUGCUUGAUUCACCCAGGUUGUACCAUCUUUGAAAACUGCAAGACCUGCCGCAACGGCUCGUGGGGGGGCACUCUGGACGACUUCUACGUGAAGGGGAUCUACUGCGCCGAGUGCCGGGCCGGCUGGUACGGAGGAGACUGCAUGCGAUGUGGCCAGGUUCUGAGAGCCUCGAAGGGUCAGAUUUUUUUGGAGAGCUACCCUCUAAAUGCUCACUGCGAAUGGACCAUUCACGCCAAACCUGGGUAUAACAUCCAGUUAAGGUUUGUCAUGUUGAGCCUGGAGUUUGAUUACAUGUGCCAGUAUGACUACGUUGAGGUCCGUGAUGGGGACAACAGCGACGGCCAGAUCAUCAAGCGUUUCUGUGGCAACGAGCGGCCAGCUCCCAUCAGAAGCUCGGGCUCCUCACUCCACAUCCUCUUCCAUUCAGAUGGCUCCAAGAAUUUCGAUGGCUUCCAUGCCACUUUUGAGGAGAUCACAGCAUGCUCCUCAUCCCCUUGUUUCCAUGACGGGACUUGCAUCCUUGAUCAAAUGGGAUCUUACAAGUGUGCCUGCCUGGCAGGUUUCACCGGGCAGCGCUGUGAAAAUCUCGUUGAAGAAAGAAACUGCUCAGACCCCGGGGGCCCCGUCAAUGGGUACAAGAAGAUCACAGGAGGCCCUGGGCUCAUCAGUGGGCGCUAUGCAAAAAUUGGCACUGUCGUCUCCUUCUUUUGUAACAGCUCAUAUGUUCUUAGUGGCAAUGAGAACAGAACUUGCCAGCAGAAUGGAGAGUGGUCAGGGAAGCAGCCCAUCUGCAUAAAAGCCUGCCGAGAACCAAAGAUCUCCGACCUGGUGAGACGGAGAGUUCUUCCAAUGCAGGUUCAGUCAAGGGAGACACCAUUACACCAGCUGUACUCAUCAGCCUUCAGCAAGCAGAAACUGCAGGGUGCCCCUACCAAGAAGCCAGCCCUUCCUUUUGGAGACCUGCCUACGGGGUACCAACACCUGCACACCCAACUCCAGUAUGAGUGCAUCUCGCCAUUCUACCGCCGUCUGGGCAGCAGCCGGAGGACUUGUCUGAGAACUGGGAAGUGGAGUGGGCGUGCCCCAUCCUGCAUCCCUAUCUGUGGGAAAACUGAGAAUGCCACUGCUCCGAAGACCCAGGGGCUGCGCUGGCCGUGGCAAGCAGCCGUCUACAGGAGGGCCAGCGGGGUGCAUGGAGGCAGCCUGCACAAGGAGGAGUGGUUCCUGGUCUGCAGCGGGGCCCUGGUGAAUGAGCGCACUGUGGUGGUGGCUGCCCACUGCGUCACCGACCUGGGAAAGGUCACCAUGGUCAAGACAGCGGACCUCAAAGUCGUCCUGGGAAAAUUCUACCGGGACGAUGACCGGGAUGAGAAGACCAUCCAGAGCUUGCGGAUUUCUGCGAUCAUUCUGCACCCCAACUACGACCCCAUCCUGCUGGACGCUGACAUCGCUGUCCUGAAGCUCCUGGACAAGGCUCGCAUCAGCACCCGCGUCCAGCCCAUCUGCCUCGCAGCCUCGCGGGACCUCAGCACCUCCUUCCAGGAGUCCCGCAUCACCGUGGCUGGCUGGAACGUCCUGGCAGAUGUGAGGAGCCCCGGCUUCAAGAACGACGUGCUGCGCUCAGGGGUGGUCAGGGUGGUGGACUCGCUCACGUGUGAGGAGCAGCACGAAGACCACGGCAUCCCAGUGAGUGUCACGGACAACAUGUUCUGUGCCAGCCGGGACCCCGCCGCCCCUUCUGACAUCUGCACAGCAGAGACCGGGGGCGUUGGAGCCGUGUCCUUCCCGGGGCGGGCGUCCCCUGAGCCGCGCUGGCAUCUGGUGGGGCUGGUCAGCUGGAGCUAUGACAAAACGUGCAGCCACGGCCUCUACACGGCCUUCACCAAUGUGCUGCCUUUUAAGGACUGGAUCGAGAGAAACAUGAAAUGAGCCUCAGGCCCACUGAGAAGCUCGUCUGCGUGUCCAUCCAUGCGUGUGUUGCAUGAGGCAGUGUGGGCCCUGAGGUGUGACUCUGCCCUUGAAUUUGGCUGAGCCAGGGCUUCUGAUUUCAAGGUCAGAUCUAGCGAAGGGUGGGAAGAGCUCACUUUUCUGGUAGGCCCCUGCCUCCCUACUGCUCGGACCAUUUGGAAAACACCUGCUUGCAACAACUGAGUUUCUUCAAAAAAAGACUAUGAAUAGCAAAGAAAACAUCCCCAUUCAACUGACCCGGUGGGCUUUCCCAUCUGCCCUUCAGUGGUACAAAUGUCAUGGGCAGCUCUGGUCGAGAGAAGGCUGACCAGGAGGCCUGGGCUUCAUGAGGUGUCUUCCCAGGCUCCAGCCACACCAAGUUCCGAAGAGCCACCUCUUCGAAGGGACAGUGCAGGACAGCAGAGCCUGGAUGUGAUGUGAUGCUGGCGUUGGUGCACACUGCCACGGUUCAGUGUGGCCCUGUUCCCUCCUCCUCUGUUGUACACGUUUUAAUAAAACAAGGGUCGGCCUCUGACCUAC